AACGGUCGCAAGCGGUUAUUCACGUUUGUGACUUAAACUAAAGACUCCUGUUUGAAUUGGAAAUACACCGAUUUCAUUUGGUCUUUAACUGUAAUAUGUCAUUCUCCGUUUCUCUCACAAUAAAUAAAUCGCGAAGUAACUCUCAGGGCUCUUUAUUUCGAGAGGUAAUGACGAAGUUCGCUAUGACUGAAACCCCUUCACGUAACCUUCAGGACGCCGCACUAACCUGUCAACUUCCAGAUUCACACACACGACUAAAAUGCUGCAUGAAGAUCACCUGAUGUCUUCUUUUCUUGACUUGGUUUAUUCAGGCGUCCCUUUAAUUUUUCCCCCGCAAUGGAAACAGCUCAUCCAGCAUCAUCAGGAGCUGCUCUUUGAUCUGGAGCUGGCGUGUGCGCAUGCGCAGCUCAUUGCCUUCGCUGCACUGGCUUCAGUAAGUUGGAUGUGCGCUGUCUUCAUCAUCACAUCCAAAACCCCAUCAAAACUGUUGCAAUGGAGAGUAUCGGAAAAACCCCACAUAUCAUCUUGUUAUGUCCGCUGAUCGUGGCUGUGGCGUGCGGGCAGAGUAGCAGAGACCCGAGCAAUAUGCCAGUGGUCAAAGACACCGUGGACAGACUCAUGAAAGGAUACGACAUUCGGCUGAGGCCAGAUUUCGGAGGCGCUCCGGUGGCGGUAGGGAUGAAUAUAGACAUAGCCAGCAUAGACAUGGUAUCCGAAGUAAACAUGGACUACACCCUGACCAUGUAUUUCCAGCAAGCUUGGCGAGACAAGCGCUUGUCUUACUCUGAGAUCCCUCUGAAUCUAACCUUGGAUAACCGCGUCGCUGACCAGCUGUGGGUGCCCGACACCUACUUCCUCAACGAUAAGAAAUCCUUCGUUCACGGAGUGACAGUCAAGAACCGAAUGAUACGCCUGCAUCCCGAUGGCACCGUGCUGUACGGAUUAAGGAUCACCACCACCGCUGCCUGUAUGAUGGACCUGAGGCGAUACCCGCUGGAUGAGCAGAACUGCACGCUGGAGAUCGAGAGCUAUGGCUACACUACAGAUGACAUCGAGUUUUACUGGCGAGGGGGAAAUGGAGCCGUUACCGGGGUGGAAAGGAUAGAACUGCCUCAGUUCUCCAUCGUGGACUACAAACUCAUCUCGAAGAACGUGGUUUUCUCCACAGGUUCGUAUCCACGCCUGUCUCUGAGUUUUAAACUCAAGAGGAACAUUGGUUACUUCAUCCUGCAGACCUACAUGCCCUCAAUCCUAAUCACCAUCCUGUCCUGGGUAUCCUUCUGGAUCAACUAUGAUGCUUCUGCUGCCCGUGUGGCUUUAGGUAUCACCACCGUGCUGACCAUGACCACCAUUAAUACUCACUUGCGAGAGACCCUUCCCAAGAUUCCCUAUGUGAAAGCCAUAGACAUGUACCUGAUGGGCUGCUUUGUCUUUGUGUUCCUGGCACUGCUGGAGUACGCCUUCGUCAAUUAUAUCUUCUUCGGGAGAGGCCCUCAGCGGCAGAAGAAGGCGGCGGAAAAAGCCGCCACGGCCAACAAUGAGAAACUCAGGCACGACCCCAACAAGUGGUUGGUGGGAAGUGUAGUUCAGAGAGACGAUGCUCUCUAUGCCAGAAUGAAACAGAGGGAAAUUGACGGGUAUGACUCGAUGUGGGAUCCGAUCUUUGCGGAGGAUGCAGCAUUAGGACUAGGCGAUCAAAGACUUAAGAUGACCGCCGACGAUAUCCGGCUGACCACGGUGGAAAUGAAGAACGAAAUGGGGCCGUCCGAUCUGUCCAGGGGUCUGGGUGACCCACGCAGCACCAUGCUAGCCUACGACAGCUCUACCCUGCAGUACCGCCGGGCGGCCAUGGCUCGGCAAAACUACGGCCACAGCGCCCUGGAGCGCCACGCCACCCAGAAGAAGAGCAGGCUCAGGAGACGGGCUUCCCAGCUCAAGGUCAACAUCCCAGACCUGUCCGAUGUCAACUCCAUCGACAAGUGGUCGAGAAUGAUCUUCCCCACCGUGUUUUCCUUCUUCAACGUAGUUUACUGGCUUUACUACGUUCAUUAAAAAGAUCCGAUGAGCUAAACGGACCAAAAAAGAAAACAAAGAAGAGUAAAAAAAGAGAAUAAAACAAUACACCUUUUGCUGAUUUAUUUCAAAUAUAUAGUGGAAAGACUAAGGAAAGACAAAAGUAAAAAAAAAAAAUCAGGAUGGACUCUCUUUCGAUUUUUUUGGACAUAAACAUUGAGGAAACGCAUCGGCGGCGUAACUGGAGAAAAAACAUGCAGUACAGGGCUUGUUCCAGAGUUUCGAUAUACCACUUAUAUUUGUCAUAUGUAGAUUACUCUGUGGAUCAAAUAUUUAUGCUUGUCUUUGCAUAUAUUUUAGGGAUUUGUUUUUUGGUUAGUAUAUGUUUACUUCGUAGCCAACUGCAUCCAAGAAAGCUUUACAAACGGAGUCGGUCUUGAAAGUCUAUUUUCCUAUAGUUAAGCUGUAUAUCAGAUAUCUUUUAAAAGCAUGCUUUGGUUUGUUUUCUUUAUCUCUUGCAGAGAGCUGGAGCACAAUGCAUUUUCAUUUGACACUUUAAAGGUUCUUCUGUUCUUUCAAAUGAGUUUGCAGGAUGCAAUGCAAAGACGCUGUCAGGAAGCCAUACAGGGUAUUUUCAAAACAGGUCCUUUUACUAUUGUGUUUUUUUUUUUCUUCUUCUUCUUCUUCUUCUUCUUCUUUUUGAUGUUGGGCCAACAAGGAAACUCAGCCCUAUUAAAACGAAGGUUUUAUCUGAUGCAGGGGAAAUACGAACAGGCUGGGCCACGACGAAGGACAUGUGUGAACCCGUGGAAAGGACGGACUGACAUGGACCAUUACCCUGGUGGUUGGAUUCACUGUCCACUCCGGCUGUGUCAACAGUACCAUGGCCGUGUAAAUGCUAAACAGUCCUCAUCUCUACACUGUAUAAACUUUGUGUGGUGAGCCGCUGGGGAGGGGGAACGGCUGUUUGACAUCUCUCAAGUGUUUUCCGAUACAUGGGUGUAUUGGAUGGAGGCGAAGAAAGACGCAAUAUAUCUGUAAACCAUUAACACUAUCGAUAGAUAUAAGUUGAAAACUAGUAGCUGAUAUUACAUCAUGGUAAAAAAAAGAAACUUUCUGAUUCAAUAGUUAUAAUAUCAGAUGUUAAUGUUAUGGUUCAUUAUUUAAACGUAUUUUUUGGUGUAUUAGAUUUCUUAAUGUUGAAGACUUUGGUUGAAGAAAAAAAUCUUGCUGCUUAAAAAUUGGGCAAAAAGGAUCUGAAUCUUUUUCAAAGGCCUCAAAGUGUGUACCAGUUGACUUUAAUCAAGAAACCGAUCAUAUUGCUACUCUGAAAUUUAUGGUAACUAUCACUUCAGUUCACUAACAAUAUGUAAAGGAUCUGGAUCAUACAAUCAAGGCAUCUGUCAGGCAAUUUUGUAUAAAAUCCUGUAAAUUAUAAUGAUAUUUCAUAAUGACCUGUAAAUAUAUAUAUUGUGUAAUGAUUGUCAACAAUAAUGAAAAUGUAUCUAAAUUAAAUUAUUAAAGCUUAAUGAAGCUUAUAUCUCUUAAA